CAUUCCUGCCCCCAGGGCACGUGCCAGUGGGUCACCCUGGACUUCCCCCGCCCCGUCAGGGUCUCUCAGCUCCACGUCCAGUUCCAGGGGGGAUUCUCCAGCCGGCUGUGCACGCUGGAGGGCUGCAGGGCAGGUGAAGAGCUGGUGAAAAUAUCCGAGCUGUACCCCCAGGACAGCCAUGCCAUGCAAAGAUUCCAGGUGGAGGAGACGGUGCUGGACAAGCUGAAGAUCACCUUUGAGAACAGCACGGACUUCUUUGGGAGGAUCGUGGUGUAUCACCUGGGGGUGCUGGGGGAGAGGCUGUAGGACACUGGUGUGGGGGGGUGGCUGCCCCCACCCCUGGGUGGCUCUUAAAACCUGCCCCAGCUGCCCCCCCGAGGCGCUGAGAGGAACCCACAUCCCUCGGGGUGGCGGUGACAGAGGGGACAGUGCAAAGGGAUCCCCCCUUGGUGGGAUUUGGGGU